UCACAGUGGCCGUUGCAGUGUGGUGUGAGCGAGGUCUGGCUAAGUUACCGAAAUGAGUGAUAGCGAGGCCGUGUACCAUCCGGACCCCGCUCUGUCGCGGCGGUCCUACAUAGGAUCCAUGAAGCAAUAUCAGGACAUGUACAGACGUUCUAUUGACGAACCUGAGGAGUUUUGGGGUGAUAUGGCUAAACAAUUCCAUUGGGAAACUCCUGUGACUUCAAAGUUUCACUCAUACAAUUUUGACAUCACCAAAGGACCAAUUUCUAUAAAAUGGAUGGAAGGUGCAACGACAAACAUAAGCUACAAUUUGCUCGAUCGAAAUGUACGGAAUGGACUUGGCGACAAAAUAGCGUUUUACUGGGAGGGGAAUGAUCCAGAAGAUUAUAGCAGAUUAACUUACAAGAAACUGUUGGAAGAAGUUUGUCGUUUUGCUAAUGUGCUUAAAUCCCAUGGUGUUACCAAAGGUGACAGAGUUGCUAUCUAUAUGCCAAUGGUGCUAGAAGUUGUAAUCACAAUGCUGGCUUGUGCACGUAUUGGAGCUGUACAUUCCAUUGUGUUUGCUGGUUUCUCUGCUGAUUCUCUGGCAGAGAGGAUGCUUGAUUCAAAGUGCAAAUUACUUGUUACUGCAGAUGGAGCAUGGCGAGGAGAGAAAUUGUUGCACCUUAAAGAAAUCUGUGAUAAUGCUAUGGAAAGGUGCAAGAAAUUAGGACAUGAAGUGGAAACCUGCAUAGUUGUCAGACACUUGCCAAGGUUAAGUGCCUCGCAGUGUCAGAAUGGUUGUGAAAAAGCUAAUUUCUCACCAGAAAAAAGGAAAGCAUAUGAUGAAAAGGCUGUGUUCGGAGAAUCAUGGUCAUCACUUGCACGUGGGUUUUCCUUAGCAUUUUGCUGCCGUAGGAAGAAACAAAAGAAUCUGCACAAUGACAAAGAGACAAAGGUACCCUGGAAAGAUGGGAGGGAUCACUGGUGGGACGAUGAAAUGGAAGAUGCUUCUUCUUCAUGUUAUCCUGUGUGGAUGGGAGCUGAAGACCCACUAUUCAUGCUGUACACCAGUGGGUCCACUGGUAAACCAAAGGGAGUACUUCACACCACGGCAGGGUAUCUUUUAUAUGCUGCAACUACUUUCAAGUAUGUUUUCGACUAUCAUCCAGGAGAUGUCUAUUGGUGUACUGCAGAUGUUGGUUGGAUCACAGGUCAUACAUAUGUUGUUUAUGGGCCCCUAGCUAAUGGUGCAACAUCUGUAAUGUUUGAGGGAACACCAUUCUACCCAGAGAAUGACAGGUUCUGGCAAAUAGUAGACAAAUACAGGGUGAACCAAUUCUAUACUGCACCCACUGCAAUCAGAGCUCUGAUGAAAUUUGGUGAUGAACCAGUGAAAAAACAUAGUUUAAAGACACUGCAGGUACUUGGUUCUGUUGGUGAACCAAUCAAUCCAGAAGCAUGGAUGUGGUAUUACAAACUUAUAGGCCAUAGCAAAUGUUCGAUUGUAGAUACUUUCUGGCAAACAGAAACAGGAGGCCAUGUUCUUACGCCAAUUCCUGGAUGCACACCAAUGAAACCAGGAUCUGCUACAUUUCCUUUCUUUGGCGUUCUCCCAGCCCUACUGGAUGAAAAUGGAAGAGAGAUAACUGGCCCAGGUGAAGGGUACUUAGUUUUCAGGAGGCCAUGGCCAGGUAUUAUGAGGACAUUAUACGGAAAUCAUGAGAGAUUUGAAACGACAUACUUCAAGAAGUUUCCUGGAUAUUAUUGCACUGGAGAUGGAGCAAGAAGAGACAAAGAUGGAUACCUCUGGAUAACAGGGCGUGUAGAUGACAUGCUAAAUGUCUCUGGGCAUUUGCUUAGUACAGCUGAAGUGGAAUCUGCUCUUGUAGAGCAUGCAUCAGUUGCGGAAGCUGCAGUAGUAUCACAAGCACAUCCUGUUAAAGGAGAGUGCUUAUACUGCUUUGUGACUCCCGUCGAGGGAGCAGAAUUUUCGAAAAAGCUUGUUGAUGAUUUGAAACGGAAAGUUCGUGAGAAAAUUGGACCAUUUGCAGCACCAGAAGUUAUUCAGUAUGCCCCAGCAUUGCCUAAAACCCGUUCAGGAAAGAUAAUGAGGAGGGUACUAAGAAAAAUUGCACAAAAUGACAGAGACAUUGGUGAUAUAUCAACUUUAGCAGAUGAAAGCAUUGUUGAAAUUUUAUUCCAGAACAGGCCAGCUGGGCUUAAAGGUUAAAGAGCAACCAAUCAAUGUGCCACUGCAUACCAAACAAAUCAGUAUUUGUAACAUUUGUAAGUGUUGUGUUAUACGUGUAAAUGUUUUAGCUGCUAAUUGUGUAAAUAAAACUGAGAAAGGACUGACAAUUUA